CGUCACCAAUUUGUAAGUAAAAAUAUUAAUUUAAUUUAACAAAAUUUUACAUUCUAACUUCCUAUCUCUAAAUUUGUAUAGGCGAACCCUGAUGAACAUGUUAUUGAUACUUGGAAAGAUAGCCAUUUGAGAAAAUCGACAAAAGUUUUUGUCAACGACACAGCUCGAGAAACUUUUGAAAAAAUGACGGAAGAGCUUGAGAGGGCACGACUUCAAAGUCAGUCUCAAGGACCGACGGAGGGAUCUGAAACUGGAUCUGCUGCUGAAUCCUCGUCGAUCGAUCAGUACGAGAUUAUGAGUAAAGUACUUGGGGAGAGGUCUGACUUUCAAAGAGGAGUAGGUUACAGCAAAGGCAAAGGGAAAAAAUCAGCUUCCAGCUCCACAAGUCAGUCACAGGCCCAACCUGUUCAUACACCUCAGGAAGACAUGGCUACUAUGGCGGAAAUGAUGAAGUCAAUGCGUGAAGAGAUCCGGAUGUUGAAAUCUCAACAAGGUCCAUCUGGUAAUCCUCAGCAUACCAGUACAGAAACUGAGUCGCGGUUUGAAAGCCUUCUCCAACGAUAUUUACCAUCACAACCUGAAGGUGGUAUAUCUUCUCAAAGUCCACCUCCUUGGUCGAUGCCACAACAACAACAACAACAUGUGUAUCCACCUCAACAGAAUUAUCCAAACACGUACGGACGUUCCUCCCAGUCCCCUCCUUUAUAUUACCCCGACGUCGCUACCGGAUCUCAGACGUCACAUCCUAGGCGUCGUGACUUCGGGGAUUCAUCGCAGCAGCAGCAUCCACAGCAGAUGUAUGGUCAAUUUGUGAGUCCGUCGCAGCAGCAGAGGUAUGGUCAGUUUGAGAGUUUUUUGCAUCAGUCUCCCUCGCCGCGACCACAUGCUCGACAAUUUAGACCAUCUUCGCAUCAUCACUCUACACAAGCACCACAGUUUGCUUCACCACCAUUGCCGCGCCCUAAUACUAGUGAUCAAGAUAUUGAUCUUAAUGAGUAUUUUACACCAAGUUGGCCAGAUCAAAACAAUAAUAAUUAG